CGCAGCAGCAUAUAUUUGAGAUGUGCAGUAUAUUUUGGCAUUUUCUUGCGGUCGCGCUGAACGACUCCACAUAUUUUAUCGGUUGACCUAAAAACAAAGUUUUUCUCCCGUUUCCUCCUUGCACUAAAGUCCAAUUAAACCAAAUUUUGUGAGUGCACUUUACGUGUGGCAAUGUAGCAGUUAAUUGGGAACUCGCAAUGCGUCUGCGACGCCGCUGGCAACGGCGGAUGCGGCGUACUCUCGAAAAAAUCUAUCGGCUCAAGAUGCAGUCACGUCGCAAGUUGGCGCUCUUAGCGGUCUUUGGCUGCCUCUGUGUGAUGAUCUUCUGGCUAGCCGGGCAACAAAUGCUGACGCCGACAGAUGGCCAUGGCAGCCACAGUCACGGCGACAACAGAGGCUGUGCACCCAUUGAUGCUGUUUACACGUGGGUAAACGGAACUGAUCCUGACUUUAUAGAGACCAUUAGACGUUAUGAUCCUAGCUAUGACCCAUCACGAUUCGAUGACAAAAACGAGUUGAAGUACUCGUUACGCUCACUGGAGCAGCAUGCCAACUGGAUACGACACGUGUAUAUUGUGACCAACGGCCAAAUUCCCAGCUGGCUGGACCUCAACUACGACAGAGUUACUGUAGUGCCCCACGAAAUGCUGGCUCCCGAUCCCAGACAGUUGCCCACAUUCUCCAGCGCGGCAAUUGAAACUUUUGUGCAUCGUAUACCCAAGCUAUCCAAGCGUUUUCUCUAUCUGAAUGAUGACAUUUUUUUGGGUGCACCUUUAUACCCAGAAGAUCUCUAUACUGAGGCCGAGGGCGUGCGUGUCUACCAAGCGUGGAUGGUGCCCGACUGUGCCCUUGACUGUCCCUGGACGUAUAUUGGCGACGGUGCCUGCGAUCGCCACUGCAACAUCGAUGCUUGCCAGUUCGAUGGCGGUGACUGUAACGAAAGUGGCACAGGAGAUCUGCAUGGUGAGCUGCACGAAGCGGCUGCCACUGUGGCACCUCCAGUUGCAGCUCCGGGUCAUGCAGGACUACACAAGUUCCCUAACAUGGGACUGCAGAAGCUGUUCAAACGCAGCUCGAGCAACUUUAAGGAAUUGAUGCGACACAAGAAUGUCUCCACGUUGCUCGAACUGCGACGCAUUGUGGAGCGCUUCAACAAGGACAAACUAAAGUCGCUGAGUCCCGAAGUGGAUGCCAGCAACCCAGUCAGCAGCAGCAGCAUUGUUAGCACCACCAGUGCCAGUAACUUGUUGCACAAGGAAGACUUUAAAUCCUCCACAGACAUUUACUCUCACUCGCUGAUUGCAACUAACAUGCUGCUGAAUCGCGUCUAUGGCUUUAAGGCUCGUCAUGUUCUAGCCCAUGUGGGCUUCCUCAUAGAGCGAGACAUUGUGACAGCAAUGCAAGAGCGUUUCCAACAGCAGGUACUGGAGACGGCAAAUCAAAAGUUUCGUGCAGCCAGCGAUUUGCAAUACGCCUUUGCUUAUUACUCGUUUCUGAUGAGCGAGACACAUGUGCUUGGUGUGGAUGAGAUCUUCGAUGAAUUCGACACGGAUGGCUCUGGCACCUGGUCAGAUCGUGAGGUGCGCACCUGCCUCACACGCAUCUAUCCACCACCUUUAGACUGGUCUGCCAUGCGCUUCUUCGAGGAGGUGGUGCAAAACUGUUCCAUUAGCUUGGGCCUCGAUGUCAAUGCCAAUAAGAUUGUGCACUCAACACUCGUUUACGAACGCUACGAGGAUUCCAAUCUGCCAACAAUUACUCGAGAACUUGUCUGUCGUUGCCCACUGCUCGCUGAAGCUCUGAGUGCCAACUUUGGAGUGCGUCCCAAGUAUCGCUAUCACGUGAGUCCCAAGCGCACAUCACACAGUAACUUCAUGAUGCUCACCUCGAAUCUGACUGAAGUGGUUGAGGCGCUUGAUCGCAUGCGACGCAAUCCUAGAAAAUUCAAUUGCAUCAACGAUAAUUUGGAUCCAAAGCGAGGCGAAGACAAUGAGCUAGUGCGUCAUCUACUUGAGGAUUUCUACUUGUCAUUCUUUCCGCGUCGCAGCAAAUUCGAGCUGCCACCACAAUAUCGCAAUCGCUAUGUGUCAUGGAGCGACUAUCAACGCUGGCGACGCCGUAAACGAGCUGUGCUCGUUGUUGGCUAUGGCGUUAGUCUGUUGCUCGUUGUGUUCCUAGUGUGCUUAUUGUGCCAACACAAGGCCAAGAUCGUGAGGCGCUGUGUGCAACGUCUCUAGUGUACUGCAAUCCGUUUGGUUGUCUGAUAUAUAAUUUCAAUGUUGUGAUAAGUUGUAACCUUUGAGAUAUUCGCCAAUUCAGCGCUAUGCAUUGUAGCUACAAAUAUAAGUCGAAUCUAGUUAUACACAUAGGCUAUACUUACUCUAUAUAUAUAUACUCAUUAAUGUACUUAAUGUUUAAGCGCUAAAUCGAGGCUAAUGUUAAGUGAAAUAUUUGUAAUUUCCCUUACCAGAGAAUGAAAACGAUCUGAUUCCGAAGCUAAGUCCAAAAACAUUAAAUAAAUUAAUGGAAUUUUAUAGUUUUUGCAUUUUGUUUAUUCUAUAGUUGCAGACAGUUGUUUGAUUUCAUUUAGACAAAGACAGCUUUGUCGCAGUUUAUUGGUACGAAAAGUGUACGAAAAUCGUAUUCACAUAGCAGUUGUAAAUAUGUUAUGUAUAUAACUACUAUAUAAUUAUCCUAGACGCUAGUAUCUAAGUGUGUAUUUCGGCACUUAAAACGAGGAGACUCUGAUACACGCACAACGUUAUAAAAUAUCUAUAAAACUGUUAACUACUCGGUUUAGCUCGUGUUUUCUUUCGUUCUUUUCUUUUUGGCUAACAAUAUAUCAUGCUAGUACAUUCAUACUUUACAGUAGUACAUACAUAUACUAAAUAAAUUAUGGUAAAGAUUUUAGGACUUCUCGUGCGAUGCCAAUACAAUGAUUUCAGCUAACUAAACGGACUGAUAUGAUAUAUAUAGUGUACAAGUAUAAAUUGGUGG